AUGAGUCGUUCAUCCGCAUACAGCUUCUGCGGUCAACAAAAAGUCUACAUGCAAUCUGCGGACAAGCCGACUCAACCAGAAAUUGACUUGCCCUUGCUUAGAGAGAAAACUCAAGAUGAAAUCAGGAUCAAGCAGAGUGAACAUAUCAAUGCUCUUCAACGGUAUCGGUGGAAUGUGGUUGGCAAAGGGUCGUGCCAUAUUGACCGAGCGGUUGAGCUUCUCCGGAUAGAACAAGACCUUCAAAGUACUGCCCAAGAAGAGAAAUACAUCUCCAAGAAACCCGAAAUCACGGGAAGCUGGCUAUUCUAUAGGAGUGACGUACAGGCCGAACUUCAGGAUCUGAACAAGAGAUAUUGGUUGCUGGAACGCCAGUGGUGGAAAGUCCGAAACUCAUUUAUGGAGAGGCCCCUGAUAAGAGCAUUUGACCUAUGGCGAUCACAUUCUCUAUGGUAUAUCAUUCUCUAUGGUAUAUGCAUCGAGUUCUGUUGGAGGAUUGUGCGAAGAGGGAAGGAUGCUGUAGCCGUCGCUGUGGAUGUUGCGUUCAUCGCAAGGUUGAUGAGACACGACAGCUCGGGGCUGGACAUUGUACGAUGGAAUGGGGAUGUUGUCACCAAAGUCAAGGCUUUCAUCUUACCAAAAGAAAAAAGAAGAAAUUCCUUAGGGGUUUCAUGUCGUGAAUGA